CGCAGCUGCAUGCCUGAAGCAGCUGAAAACUACAACUCCCAGAAUUCCUUUCACAGGAAUAAACACGAAGAAGCGAGUGCAGCCCCAGGAGCAGUGGUAUGACAUCACACGAGACAACAAGAAGGAAGCCCUGACUCUAGACUUGAACUGCCUGACAUCAUUCUCAAAACAGUCCAAUCACGUGCCAGAAGACGAUGCCUGACCGCUGUGUGGCAUAUGGGUGUGGCAAGUCGUGGGACGAUGGUGUUACUCUGUACAAUUUCCCCAACAAUGACACAGAGGAGUUUCACAAAUGGGAGAAGCAGGUCCAGCGGACACGGAGCAACUGGACCGCCUCGCCGAACUCCCAGCUUUGCUGUGAACACUUCGGUAAGGAGUGUUUUGAAAACAAGCCCUACCCCGUCCUCAAGGCUCUCGCUGCCAAAGGACAGCUGAAGCUGAAGUAUGGGGCUGUCCCCACAGUGUUCAUACGGCCCCCCUGCACCUCCUGUGAGGGCUUCGGCUGCAGCGUGUGCACCCCCAAAGCUCAGAGACGUGGCGUCCCUGUAGAACCACAGGAAUAUGACACUGAGGAUGUUGAGGGGGGCCCUCUGCAGUCGGAUGACACUGACGCAGAGGAUGACGAUGAAGAUGACGACGAAGAUGAAGAUGAUGAAGAUGAGAUGGAUGAUUCUUUUGGAGAUUACUACUCUGCUCUCACUAUAGAUGACGGACCGGUGGUGUGUGAGAUGUGUGGCUUCAGCGGGACCAGAGACACCUUCUAUUCCAAGACCAAGCGUUUCUGCAGCGUCUCCUGCUCCAGAGCCUACUCCUCCAACUGCAAGAAGUCCUCUAUCCUGGCACGACUUCAGGGAAAGCCUCCCACCAAGAAGGCCAAGGUGCUGAUUAAGACUGCCUGGUCCACCCAGAUGGGGAACAUGAUUGCUUCUCUGGGAAGCAGUCAGGACAACAGCUCCAGCUCUACUGGACAGGAUGCUGCAGCAACAGGAAACUUUGACUGGGGUGCUUACCUGGAGAAGGCAGGCUCUCUUGCUGCUUCAGUGGCCUGCUUCAGACAUGCGCCGCUCUGUGCCCAGUGGGAUGACAUCACAGUGAGGUUAAAGGUAGAGGUCCUGAACACUAGUGCCAUCCUGCCCAGUAAAGUGUAUUGGAUCGCCAGCAUCAUCCAACUUGCAGGCUAUAAAGCUCGGUUGAGGUACGAGGGCUUUGAGGAGGACAGCAGCCAGGACUUCUGGUGCAGCCUGGGUUCUGGAGACAUGUACCCCAUCGGAUGGUGUGCCAUGACCGGCAAGCUGCUGGUGCCACCACAGGCUGUGCACCAGAACAUCUCUGACUGGAAGGAGUACCUGAUGAACCGACUGGUUGGAGCCAGAACUUUGCCUGUGGACUUCUAUAUGAAGCUGGCAGAGAGUAUGAAGUGUCCGUUCCGUACUGGCAUGCGUGUGGAGGUGGUGGACCGCACUCUGGUGAGCCGGACACGGCUGGCAGUGGUGGACACUGUAACCGGAGGCCGCCUAAGACUGGUCUAUGAGGACGGGGAACAGGAGGCCAAAGGGGAGCCCCUCUCUGACGUCUGGUGCCACAUGUGGAGUCCCCUUCUGCACCCAGUGGGCUGGUCCAGCAAAGUGGGCCACGUCAUCAAACCGACUGAUGUUGACCACCCAACAUUCCGUAAGGUGUACUGUGACAGCGUCCCCAUGCUGUUUAAGAAGCCCAGGACUGUGUACAUGGAAGGAGGCUUCUUUGAGGUGGGAAUGAAGCUGGAGGCCAUCGACCCUGUAAACCUGGGCAACAUCUGUGUGGCCACUAUACACAAGGUGCUGUUGGAUGGCUACCUGAUGGUGGGCAUUGAUGGCACAGAUGGGUCGGGUGAUGGGUCUGACUGGUUCUGCUACCAUGCUUCCUCCCAUGCCAUCCUACCCAAGGGAUACUGCCAGAAGCACAACAUACAGCUCACACCACCCCCUGGCUAUGACUGGAAAACCUUCUCCUGGGCAAAAUACCUUGAGGAGAAGGGAGCCAGAACAGCGCCAGCACAGCUCUUCAACACGGACGGCUCAGGUCACGGCUUCACUCAGAAAAUGAAGUUGGAAGCUGUGGACCUGAUGGAGCCGUGGCUGGUGUGCGUGGCCACCGUGAGGCGCUGUGUGGGCCGGCUGCUGCUGCUGCACUUUGAUGGCUGGGAGCCAGACUUUGACCAGUGGGUGGACGUUCAGUCACCAGACAUCUACCCUGUGGGCUGGUGCGAGGUCACGGGAUACCAGCUCCAGCCACCCAUUGGACCAGAUCCUGUUGCAAGUCGCAAGAAACACAAGCCUAUGGGGAAAAAGAAGAAAAGGAUGGUGAAGAAGAAACUGGCAAACCUCAUCUCCAAGAACCGCCCCCCAAGACGUCCGAGCCAACAGUCUGAACCUGAGGCCGGAACCCCACAACAGUCUGAACCUGAGGCCGGAACCCCACAACAGUCUGAACCUGAGGCCGGAACCCCACAACAGUCUGAACCUGAGGCCGGAACCCCACAACAGUCUGAACCUGAGGCCGGAACCCCACAACAGUCAGACCACACAUCUCUCACACAGCAGAUUAAGGCUGAACCUGAGGAGCAGGAGAUCAUAGCAGUGAAGGUGGAGGAGGUGGAGACCCCCAUCGCACCGACCCUGCCAGAGGCCCCGGUCCCUCCAUCCUCCCUGGGGGGGGUCAAGCAGGAGCCACAGGGAGAGGACCAGCAGAAAGCGGAAGCAACAGACAGAGGUGGAACCGAUGGAACGUUGAGACUCACUGAAAUUGAUAUACCCUAAUACAAUUAUCCAAACUGACAGUAGAUUAAUGUCUGUGGUUAACUUCAUUCUACACCAUCACAGCCUUAAAUCACUACACUACUGAUCGCUGUGGAGCACCUGAACCUGAAGAUCAGAUGAGUCUGUUGAGCUGAGCUGGUCCCACUUCUGAACAUUCUCAGCUCUGGAGCUGAAUAAAACUGUUCCAGUUUAACAGAAAGGCCAGUACUGUGACACCCGUUAAGGACAUUCUUUCACACGUUGAAUAACAAACACCCAGUCGAUGUUGUUGUAUAAUGUUUAUUUGUUUUAUAUCCAGAUUCCUUUUCGUUGUUGUAUAUACUAUCCUGAAUUAAAGUACUUCAGUGAA